AUAAAGUGAAUGGGCGCAGGUAGUGUAGCCGCACACCUGUCUGAUCCUCGCCGCUGCUGAGUAUGGCCACGCCGCACACCGCGCUGCUGCUCUUGCUGCUCGCUGCAGGUUGGACAGCGGAGGGAUCUCCUCGGGACCAGGGCGAGAGUAAAGCGCUGACCACGCUGGGGGUGCCGCCUUCCACUCUCUCCACUAUCAGUCACGGCGGCACCCCCCUGCUCGGCCCCGAGCGACUCACGGUCUCCGAGGAGGAGGAGGAGGAGGAGGAGGAGGAUUACUCGGAAGAGUAUGAGCUCUCAGGAUCGGAGGAACUUCACGAUGGAAUGUCACCAGCAAAAGUUCAAGCUGUUGUGAAGCCCCAAAAUAAAGACCAAAGGAAAAAGGGCUCAAAUCUUAAGGGCAAGGGAAGGAAAAAUAAAAAUGGAAGAAAGAAGAAGCCAAAUCUCUGCAAAACCACUUUCAAGGAUUACUGCAUCCACGGAAAGUGCAAGUACCUGAAAGAUUUGGAUAAACCCUCUUGCAUAUGUCUUCCUGGAUAUCAGAAUGAGCGCUGUGGGAUACAGGCAUUGCAGACUGGGAAAAAUGAGAAGCACUUUGACAGUCUCUCUGUGACACUGAUGGUUGUAGGUGUUGCACUGUUCAUCUUCACGCUAACUGCGGUGACAGCUGCCGUGACAUUGCACAUGAGAAAGAAAAUGAGAGUUGAAGGUGAAACUGAGAGUGAAGAUAAACAGAAACUGAGAUCUGAGAAUGGAAUUGUGGUUUAGAAAUGAAGGUCUACAUUGGGCAUCUGAAAACUGAAGACCAAUGUAUCCAACUUCUGCCCACCUCUCCCUCCAGUUACUUCUGUUUCGUCAUUGUUCUUGAUAUGUACAGUAAUUUUAAACCUUAAAGCACAAUUGACUGUAACUUGAGCACGAUAGUGCCCAUACUGUAGUAAAGAAAGACCUAGUGUGCCUCUGUUGGUGGACAACAGUUGCACUGAGCUAAAGAGGGAGACAAAGAUCUUAGGCAUUUUAAGAUGUAUCGAAGGGCACAGGAAGGUUUGGCAAGAAAUUGCAGAACUUGAAGGUGAUGGGCAGGAUGUAGCUGAGCCUGGUGCUUCCCAGGGGCCGAGGGAUCAAAGGAGGGGAGAGAGUGAUUGAUUCUAUAUUUUGCUCAUUGCCAGAUGAGGAGCCAGUCCAGUUGGUGACCUUGAGGAGAUGGGUGCAUGGGAUGGGGCUCAUAAGGUUUUGGAUGAGCUGAGCUGGUGGAGGGUGAGAGGUGAGGCCACUGGCCAGGAGAACAUGCUGCUGAAGCCUGUUCCAUGAUCUUGUUGUCUGCAGGCAGCAAGUCAACAGGGCAGUGCUCACAGAGGAUGUGAUCAAGAGGCAGCAGCUGGAUGGGAAAUACUGUACAAGAGCAGCCACAGCAAGCCAUCAAAGUCUUGCAGCAUGGAAAUGGGCCACCUGGCUCCCCACACCUGUCAGGAAAGGUGCUGGGUGUGACUCAUGCUAUGUAAACAACUGUUUGCAAUCUGUAGGUAUUUCACGUGAAAUAUUUGAGAUUGGCACUCUGUGCUGGGAUGGGCACAUUCAGCAGGGAUUACUCAAUUGGGAUUGUAGCCAAAAUCCAAGAAUCCUGUGGGGAUUCUCCCCAGUAACCUUUUCUCCCUUGCAUGCCAGCAGUGGUGAAUUUUAGUAAUGUUGCUGCCCUAUCAGUGUUUGGUCACUCCGUACAGACCUGCAGGAACUGAGCUGUGGCUCCUAACAGCACCCCACCCCACCUCCAGUGCUGCAGAUUAAGUAAAGUUUGAGUGCAGAAAUUGUCGAAUUUUCCUAAUGUAUCAGUAUUUAUUUGUUAUUUAAAAUUAUUUAAAUGUGUGGUGUUUUUUUUACAAGUGAAUGGAUGGUAUUGAAAUUUAAAGUAUUCAUUAAUAAAACAAAAUUGAAUGAA